AUUUUCCUCUUUGUUAAAAUAAAACAAAAACAAAAAAUAAGCAAUAUAAACUUUAUGAAUCACUAUUGAUUCAAACGAGUUUCAACUUAAUAAAGUGACAUUUGAUUGUAUUUCGGUAUCGAUUCCAUCCAUCGUUCUUCUGCUACCUAUUUGUAGGUUGCAGUUGCUCGUUUUGAAGUUUACGACGCCGGUUUUGCUUUUUGAAGUCAACUGAAACCAGAUGGAAACACCUCUGAAGAUAGACCUCAAAGAGGUCAAAUUCAACGUUCAACGUGCUCUGUACGACUGCACUGUCAGGGGGUUGCACCACAGCGCCAAAUGGUUGGCUGAGAUUUGCCACUGUUUAAAAAACGUUAAAAGUGACAUCUAUAUACCAAAAGAGCCAGUUGUCAUACCUGAGGAAUAUGACAACUAUAUUCUUGCUAAGAGUUAUUUCGAUUUAAAAGAGUACGAUAGGUGCGCAUUCUAUUCGUCAAAUUGUAACUCGCCUUGUAUUAAAUUUUUACACAUCAAUUCCAAGUAUUUAUCGUUGGAAAGGAAAAAAAUCGACAACCUGACUGAGCUGUUUUGCGGCCCCGAGCCGAAACUUUCAUCAGAGCUCCAACAUCUUUGUACAGAACUUAGGGCUUUGUACGUCAAGCAUAAACUCGACAGUUACUGUAUGUACUUGUACGGCGUUGUUCUCAAGAGGUUAGACUUGCUCGACGAUGCAAGAACCGUUUUGGCCGAGGCUGUCAACUUGGAGCCUCUCCAUUGGGGUGCUUGGAUGGAAUUGGCCAUGCUUACUACCGACAGGACCAAAUUGAGAUCUUUAGUUUUACCUACGCAUUGGAUAAAACAUUUUUUCUUGGCUCAUACGUUUCUCGAGCAGCAGAUGAAUGAUGAAGCGCUUGAAAUUUAUUAUGAAAUGCAGAAAUCGGGAUUUUCUGAAAGCACAUAUCUUCUAGCACAGAUCGCUAUCGCUUACCACAAUAAGAGAGAUGUAGCCGAGGCAAUAGACACAUUUAAAAGGCUCAGGAAGCUGGAUCCGUAUAGGUUGGACAAUAUGGAUGUUCUUUCAAAUCUGUUAUAUGUACGUGAAAUGAAAGUAGAACUUGCAUAUUUGGCGCAAGAGGCUUCUGAGAUUGAUAAGUACCGAGUGGAGACAUGCUGCGUUAUUGGAAAUUAUUAUUCGUUAAGAAUGGAGCAUCAGAAGGCUGUGGUAUACUUCCAAAGGGCCUUGAAAUUAAAUCCUCAGUAUUUAUCUGCAUGGACGUUAAUGGGCCAUGAGUAUAUGGAAAUGAAAAAUACCAACGCAGCGAUUCAAAGUUACCGUCAGGCCAUAGAGGUUAAUAGGAGGGAUUAUAGGGCAUGGUAUGGUCUUGGACAGACAUACGAAAUAUUGAAAAUGCCAUACUACAGCCUCUAUUAUUACAAGCAGGCACAGCUGUUAAGGCCAAACGAUGCCAGAAUGUUAAUUGCCCUAGGUGAAACUUACGAGAGGCUUGAAAAAAUUCAAGAAGCUUUGAAGUGUUUUUACAAAGCGCGGAAUGUCGGUGACAUCGACGGAUCUGCUAUACUUAAACUAGCCAAACUUUACGAUAAAUUGGGUGAUUCUGACCAGGCCUGCUCGGCGUUUACGGAGUUUGUUAAUGAAAACGAUCAAGUUUUAACCGCUGACAACAAAACCGAAUUAAGUCAGGCGUACAAAUACUUGGCGAAUUAUCAUCUCAACAAGAACCAGCUCGACCUCGCUUACAGCUUUGCCCAGAAGUGUCUUAACUUUGAAGAGACAAAGGAAGAAGGACAAAACCUGCUUAAGACGAUAUCCCAAAAGACUGGACAAGACGAAGAAAAGGAAAUGCAAAUAACGUAACACUCAGUGAAACCUGUCUGGAAUAAUUUUCAGUUAAUGAGGAACUAAAUAUAGUUUUAAUUUGAUCAAAAGUGAUAUGACUGACACUCAAAUAUUCAAAACAUGUAUUGUCAAAAGUAUUUUGAGUUAAGCCAGGAUGUAAAAACAAGUGAUAUUUUUUUAUUAUAUACUAAAAUUAUU